AUGGCUAACGAAGAGUACACUGAGUUGUCAUCACCAUGCAAGGAGAACGACACAAAUCAGUCUCUGACAGAAGCAAGAGCAACUACAAAGACUUUAGAAGAGGACAAUCCAAUGGCGCUCUCUUUUGGCGAUGAGAGGCAUUUCUUGGUUGAAGGCGCAACGGACUCUUCACCAUCAUGUCAGGAAAAGAGAAUGAUGGAUGAAAAAAUCUCUCCCGUUGAAAAGCAACUUCACUACCUGCUAAACAAGGCUGAUGAGUUUCAAGCACAGCUAGUGUGGAGCCGAGACUGCCUCCAGAAUGAUGGGUUUGCCUGUAUUGUUCCCACGUUCCUGCAAACUUGUCACCUGUUCUUCACUUACCUGGAGUCGACCGCCAGAAACUCCCAGCCCUUUUGCCCACCUCUGUCCAUAUACAUUCGGACACAGUUUUUGCAGUUUUCUCAGCAGCUGUGCUCACGUCUGGAGCAGCUGGUGUUGAUGUACGCCUCCUUCAAUAUUAUCUCACUAGAGGAAACUGAUCCACUGAGUAUCUCACACUUCUAUAUUGGCCAGUGUCAGAUAGACAACAUGAAGCUGUCAAUCUUCCGGUACUGUUGCCCAACCCCCUUUCUUGCCUCAGCCAGUACAGGGCUAUACAAGCGUAUGCGCUGGAAUGUGGAGCGAGAGGGAGGAGACAGAUAUGACAGUGCAGAGUUUUACUUUCUGUGCUUUGAGGAUGUCCCGGAGGUAGAAGAUGUGGAAGGAGAACAAGAGUGUGAGGGAGAAAGGACAGAAACUGGGAGAGAUAGAAGAGUGGCGAGGAUUUGGUCUAUUGGCCAGUGGGUCCAGACAUAUCCUGACCCAGACACAGAUGACAUCACAGACUGGGUGUUGUGUUCAGUCCCUUGUGGUCAGUACAAACAGCUGUUGUGUCUGGGAAGUGAAGAGCCCUCAUCCUACACUGCCACUGAUUGCCUGCUGGAGGUGCUGUUGUCUGAGAAAAUGGAUGCCAACUCUGUUGCUGAAACAUGA